AUGUUUAACCAGUUCCUCGCGCGGCUGGCACGCCAACCAGCGCCGAGCGAAGAGCCGGCUUCGGCAAGGACGACGACGGGCGAGACGGCGGAAGCCGUAACGUCGACCCCGAGAGCUCGACAGAGAGACGCGUUCUCCUUCGAUGCAUCGAGGCCGUCGCUACCUCUUGUGGGCGAGACGCAAGGUGAAGUACAGACGGUAACGUCAGCCGGGGCAGCGUUAAACGCGAGAGGAACGACGAGACUCACUCCUCCGCGAGCGGCAGAACGCCUCGAUGUGGCAAGAACACCGUAUUCGGAGGGUGGCACGCCUGGGAGGCAAGGAGAAACGCCUGCUAGGGUGGCGGAGACGCCGACGAGAAGGGCAGGAACACCGACGCCGGACUCUGCGUUGCAAGAGAUGUUGGUCGACACGUUCAGUCGGGCACUUCAGAGACUGUCUGCCUCGGCUGGAACGCCGAAGAGAACGCCACGACCUACGGGGGUGAGGCCGAUGCCACGCCCUGUGUCGACGUCCACCGGGAAUGCCCUCGUCGGUCAGACUCGACCGGCUAGUGCGCCGAUGCUCGGGUACCAAGGUUCGACGGCUCCCAGAGUGGCGUUACCGGCGCCGGCUUCGACGCCGGUUGGAAUGCCGAUGGCCGCGAUCCCGUCGUACGGUGGCGUAACCAUACAGGCGCCGAGCACCAGCUGGAACGAGGGAAGGGACGGCACGGCUCGCCUGGGUGCGCUUUAUCCGCCGUUCCAACCUCCGAUAACGCCCACAGCUGGAUGGAGCUCGGGUGGAACGCUGCCAGCGUGGUCAGCUGCCCCUGCGACUCAGACGCCUGCGAGCGUGGGAGGUCUAGGGCUUGGUAGGAGUUUUAGUGGUCAAGGAGGAGGUUACCCGACGCACUCGGCGUACCCUCAAAGACCCAUGACAUUGAAACUGCAAGAAGUUGUACCUACUGGCGAAAUGCCCCGAAACUUAGCGCUGGUUGCCGACCGUCACUUAGUGGACAGAGCGUCCCCCGGCACGCGAGUUUCGGUGGUCGGCAUUACCUCUGUGGUCAACGCAGGAGGCAAAAACGUCGGCGCUGUAGCCAUCCGCACACUCUAUGUGCGCGUAGUGAGCAUUGAGAUCGCGAAGAAGGCAUUUUCCCCAGUUGAGGAGGAAAAGUUUAAUGAAAUGGCGCGAGACCCGAAAUUAGACGAAGAAGGGCGCGAGUUUAUGCAGAACGUGUGUGUGAGACUCGAGGGAACUGCAGCCUCGGUCUCUGGGAACCCCGAGAAGGGAGCGGGAACGCUGCCUUUUCGGUGGCGUUCCAUAAUUCGUAACCGAGUAUACGAGCUCCUCAAACGGGAAUGGAACGAAGGGAAGCGUCCUCAUCAAGGAAGCCAGAGAGCCCUAGAGAACGACGAAGCAGAGGACGGCGUUCCACUGUUGUGGGACAAGGAGGACGAAGUUUGGCUGGACGAAGGGUUGCUACGCGGAUACCUGAUUGAAGUGGGGGGAACGCGAAAUGUGGCGUUCCUAGAUCGAGCUGUGAGUUGGGCUCGUCGCUAUUUUGAGGCUGAGGCUCGCGGUAUAAGGGACAAGUUGCGCGAGAGGGCGAGGGACAGUCCUGAAAUAGUAAACUCGGGCGCGACGAGCCUCGCGACGAAAGGGCGGGAAAAAGCGACCUUUCAGUUGCCGACCGAGGGGGGAGUGGCCGCCGUUGUCGAAGAGGCGCCCGAAGUUUAUCGGGUGAGGGCGGACAGAGCCCCUAGGAGACCGAGAGAGCCUGGACUCCGCGAAGCCGACGCAGGAGAUAACGGAGAGGGCGACGAUGACGUCGUGCCCCAGGGCAAGCGAGUCAUCUGUAGCGUCGGGGGUAUGCAGGCCCUAUCGGAUGGUUACAUCGACUGCUGCCCGUCGGAGAUGCUGGCUGACACAGGCGCCAUAGCGAGUCUCGUCGACAGAAGGGUGCUGAGGCGUCUUGGGCGUGAUUCGGAGUCGCUCCGGCCUUACAGCGGAACGCUGGACAGCGUGUCGGGACACACGAUCCGUGUGCGUGGAGUAAUUGACCUUCCAGUGACACUCGGAACGCUGGAGAAGACACUUCCGUUUGUGGUGACCGAUCACUUGUUCGUGGACGCGAUCAUGGGGACGGAUUCAUUGAAGGCGUUCCGUGCGGUAAUAGACCUCGAGGAACAGUCGAUGACGCUGAAGGAAACGGGGGACGUGGUCCCUUUAGGCGUGGCGAGGGUGGAAGAGACGUACGCCGCCACAAUCUCGUCGUCGGUACGACUAGAACCAGGUCGCCAAGCACUCGUUCGGUCUCGUGUCCGAGGAGCUGUGAAGGACAAGUCGGUCGUGCUAGUCGAAGGCGUUCCGGGAACGGACAAUUCGUUGAGAGUCGCUAGGACACUAUGCACAGUGACGGACGGAACGGUGCUGGUCGAGGUGUGCAAUGCUUCUACGGAGGAGGUGGAAGUCGGGACUGGAGCUUACUUUGCCGCUGUGACCAUUGUGCCUGAGUCGGCCUUCACUGCGGAAGCACUAAAGCGAGAAGGAACGCCGGACAACAUCAGUGCGGUGCUAAGCGCCUCUAGUGGAAACGCCGAAACGCGGGUCGGGAAGAAGGAGGCUGAAAUGACCGCGACGAUGAAGAGCGGAAACGACGAUGACUUUGAGGUGGACUUCCAAGACUCAUCGUUAGGGACAGAACAAAGAAGACUCUUCGUUGAAAUGCUGAAGGACAUGCGAGAUUUGUUCGUCGAGACCUCUAAGAAGCCAGGGAGGACGGAACUUCUGAGGUUCAGCAUUGACACUGGAGCGCAUGCACCGAUUAAGCAGCCCCCGUACCGGGUUUCGAAGGCCGAAGGGGACGUUAUGGAGUCUGAGAUCCAAGAGUAUCUAGACCUUGGACUCAUCAGGCCUUCAACGAGCCCGUGGGCUAGUCCCGUGCUCAUGAUCAGAAAGCCUGACGGUAGUAUUCGGUUCUGUAUCGACUACAGGAAGUUGAACGCCGUCACGGUGAAAUCUUCUAUCGAACACUCCUAA